UAACGAUUUCCCGAUUACCAAAAACCAUUUAGAAGGGCUGAAACUUUGGCGCCAAAAAAAAUAAUAAUAAUCUUGGCUGGCCAAAACCAUGGCCCAUAUUCAAAAGCAUUUUAUUUUCAGAAACAAAAGAACGUGUUAUCUGUUUUAGGAAGCAGUUGGAUAUGGCGGUCGUGAGCUUCAGUUCAUGGCCUUGGCCUCCUGCAGUAGGUCUUCUCAGUGCCUCACAGCCUCGCCUUAGGGUUUCUUACUUUUCUCGUCAACACUCUUCCUCUUCCCUUGACGAAACCCUAGAGGCAAUUCAAAAUGCUGGCAUAAUCGCAUGCCUUCGGGCCCCAAGUGCGGAGCUGGCAAUGGAAGCUGCAUGUGCUGCAAUCAGUGGUGGCAUCUCUGUUCUGGAGAUUGUGAUGUCUACACCAGGUGUCUUUGAGGUUAUACAACAGCUGGUGCAGGAUCAUCCUACAAGAGUCAUAGGAGUUGGGACUGUUUUAAAUACUAAUGAUGCCAAAAGGGCCAUGCAUGCUGGAGCCAAAUUCCUGAUGAGUCCUGCAAUGGUAAAAGACAUUCUAGAUUAUGACCAAGCUGGCGAAGCUCUAUACAUACCUGGUGUAAUGACCCCAACAGAAAUAUUAUCUGCACAUAAUGAUGGAGCAAGAAUUGUCAAGGUUUAUCCCAUUUCAGCAUUGGGCGGUCCGCAAUAUAUAUCAGCACUCAGCAAACCAUUUUCACAUAUCCCAAUGGUUGCUUCUCAAGGCAUAACACUAGGUACAAUGCACAUGGGUUUAAAGCAGGUAUUUUUUGUGGAUACAGAUUCAAUUGGGGAAUAUAUUGCUCAGGGUGCAUCAUCUGUUGUUUUAUCUGAUGCAAUAUUCGAUAGAAUGGCAAUGAGUGAACAAAAUUUUAAUGGCAUUUAUCAACUUGCGCAUGUUGCUGCUUUGCAUGGCAGUGGAGCUGUAAAACAGAAGAAAAGGAAUGCAAUUAACUAAUUGCUUCACGAGUAGCUGAUAAUUAUCAUCUUGCAUAACCUACGAGUACAUCAUAAAUUCAUCAGACUACAUGUUGUUGAUGUUUUGACUCAAGUAACAUAUCAUGCCAUGGACUCCAAAAAUUAAGAAUUACAAACUGUGAGAAUAAGAAAUCCUCCAGCAGCACACUGAAAGCAUGGUUCAGAAUAGUGGUAGCGAGUAGCCUUAGCGUAACAUUAAAGGGUAUAAGUUGGAAGGAGGAGUAGCUGAUGCUAUGAAACAGGAAGAUCUCAAAAUGAAGAAGCUGAUUAGUGGAGGGCAUAAAUCUGGUGACUUAUAUUACUUGGAUGGUGAUCCUUGUGAUACUGCUUGUAAAGCAUCCACACAACCUACUCCAUUUCAAAGACAUGUCACUUUUAUCAUCUUGUCAGCUGGGUAAGUAGGCCGUCCUAUGCCCCAUGAGUUGUUAAUAGAGUCGGCAUCCUUUUCAUUUAAUGCACUCUGUUGUAUAGGUCCUUUUCAAGUUACUUCCUGUUGAUUUUGAUAUUUUGCCACUUUUAUUGAUGAUUAUUCAAGAAUGAAAAGUGUGUUUUUCAUGAAAGAUGGUUUUGAGUUCUUUUGUACAGUCAGAUCUUUAUGCGCCGAGAGUUACGUUCAGUUUGGUGCUAACGUUCAUAUUUUGUUGUGAAGAUGUUAGAGUUCAUUUUAAUUAGAACAAGAUUUUAUUCAGUUUCACUUAUUUAACAGAAA